AGAUGCGGCUCCUGGCCUUGGCCCUGGCGUUUCUGGCGGCUCGGGCUCCGGUCCCGGAUGUGUGUGAAGCCCUCAACGUAACAGUCUCACCAGGACCAGUUGUCCAAUAUUUUGAGGGAGAAAAUGCAACCCUUUUUUGUCAUGUUUCCCAGAAAAGAAGGAAGGACAAUUUUCUGGCCAUUCGUUGGCUCUUUGCACUAUCUCCAUCCCAGGAGAAGCUAAUGAUCAAAAUGACAAGACUGAGGAUGGUUCAGUACUAUGGGAAUUAUAGCCGCAGUUUCAACCGUCAGAGACUUCGCCUCCUGGAAGAAAGGUAUGGAAGACUGUAUAGCCUCUCUGUUUUAAACCUUCAACCAGCAGAUCAAGGGAGGUACAUAUGCAAAGUCCACGAAGUUGGCAAGCACAGGAGUAAGUGGACUACGUGGUCAAAUGGUACGGCAGCUACUGAAAUCAGAGUGAUUUCUCCCAAAGCAUCAGAUGAUUCCACUUUUGAGAAAAAGAAAGAGACCUGGGCAUUUUUUGAAGAUCUCUACAUGUAUGCUGUCCUUGUGUGCUGUAUUGGGAUUCUCAGCGUCCUUCUCUUCACAUUGAUCAUUCUCUGCCAGUCUCUGCUUAACAAGAGGAAAUCAAGAGUGAAACAUUAUUUGGUGAAAUGCCCCCAGAACAGCUCUGGGGAGACAGUCACCAGUGUGACAAGCUUGUCGCCUCUCCAACCAAAAAAGACCAAGAAGAGGAAAGAGAAGCCUGACGUCCCUCCUGCAGUUCCUGCCAAAGCUCCAAUAGCUAAUGCUUUCCACAAACCAAAGUUGCUGAAACCACAAAGAAAAGUUAUUCUGCCAAAAAUCACGGAGGAAAGCUUAACAUAUGCUGAACUGGAGCUGAUUAAACCCCACCAGGCAUCCAAGGGCCUCCCUACCAGCACCGUCUAUGCCCAGAUCCUCUUUGAGGAGAACAAGCUGUAAACCUGCCUCCCAGCAUCUGCCUCCCAGGGCUUUUCUCAAUGUCCUAUUUAAUACUCAUCAGGCCCAUUAUUUAUGAAACCUCAGAAACAAAGUCCUUAUUUUGUACUUUUUACUUUUACACUUCUGUGUUGUUGUGGGAUCUUUUUCCCAGUAGCAUCCGUAGAGCUUAAAAGAGGCACAGAAUUGGUUCCUAACAAAGAGACAGGAGCCCCAGCCCCCAGGCUCUUCUCUAAGAAAAUCCAUAACAGAUUUGUCAACUUUGUGUUUUCAUUUUCUUUCUCU